UCGCCGCAAUUAAUGACGGUAGAGCUGCCAUAUUUUUUCUGCGUAGGUCCUGUUUUAGGGGGUCAAUCAAAUUGUUGGGGGUUUCGAAAGAUGCUAAACAAAGUGAUUCGCGGUGACCGAGAGCGGUGCGCGUGACAAACGACUGAGGAAGGAAACGAAUUAAUUUUUUUUUUUUUUUUUUAUCCCCCAAGAGAGGCGACACAGAGAGAGAGAGAGAGUCAAACGUCUCGCGCGAACGCGAGAAAGAAUCCACACUCGCUAAUGCACCCGCUUGACGGUCACUAUUUUUACCUGCGCCCUUUUUCGUUACACACUUACUUAUUUCUCUUGCUGCGUGUUUUCGCCGAAUAUUUCAGCUAUCUUUGUAACAGUUACGUAAUUUCUCUCAUGUGAAUGAUCUCAGUACGAUGGCCGAGAAUGAAGUGAAUGAGACUUGACUGUUUUAUAUGCGUGCUAGCGGGCCGAUGUAUGAAUAGGGAAUUUUUUCUGAAGUAUAACAAUGUGGUAUGAGGAGAUAAUGAAUACUAAUGACAACAAUGGAAAUAUCUGCUAUAGAUUGUGGUAAGGAAAAGCCUUAUCAGCAAAGAGACAUGUCAGCAUCUUCGCAAUAUCUUUUUGGCCAUCUUCCUCCCGAUAUCAUGCCAAAGGGACUUUCAAUAAAUGGCAUAGAAGAAAGAUUAUGUCAAUUAGAAGGUUUAUUUAUUGGCAGUCCUGCUCAAGGCGGACGGAUAGGUCAUACCAUCUCGAUAGAAACACUCAUUGAUAUUUUGCUGGUGUUAUAUGAUGAAUGCUGCAAUUCGUCAUUACGCCGAGAAAAGACUGUUUCUGAUUUUAUUGAGUUUGUAAAACCAAUAGCUUCAUGCAUAAAGAGCUUGCAAUUGACGCGAGAGGACUUUGAGAUUAUCAAGGUCAUUGGCAGAGGUGCUUUCGGUGAGGUAUGUGUCGUGAGAAUGCGUUGUUCGGACAAGGUGUUUGCGAUGAAAAUCCUGAACAAAUGGGAAAUGCUGAAGCGUGCCGAAACCGCAUGCUUUAGAGAAGAAAGGGAUGUAUUAGUAUAUGGUGAUCGCAGAUGGAUCACGAACCUGCAUUAUGCCUUUCAAGAUGACAAUAACUUGUAUUUGGUCAUGGAUUACUAUUGCGGCGGAGAUUUAUUGACGUUGUUGAGCAAGUUCGAAGAUCGCCUCCCGGAAGAUAUGGCUCGAUUUUACAUAGCAGAGAUGGUGCUAGCUAUAGGUUCUAUACAUGAUUUGCGCUAUGUACAUCGGGACAUAAAGCCUGACAAUGUUCUGUUGGAUGCGAAUGGUCACAUCAGAUUGGCCGACUUCGGUUCUUGCUUGCGACUAUUCGAGGAUGGAACGGUACAAAGCAACGUCGCGGUCGGCACUCCGGAUUAUAUUUCACCGGAAAUAUUGAGGGCGAUGGAAGAUGGUCAAGGACAGUACGGUCCCGAGUGCGAUUGGUGGUCUCUCGGAGUGUGUAUGUACGAAAUGCUCUACGGCGAAACACCUUUUUACGCAGAAUCUCUAGUCGAAACUUAUGGAAAGAUUAUGAAUCAUAAGAAUUGUUUUGAUUUUCCUACGGAUGUUAUGUACGACGUUUCUGAAGAAGCCAAAGAUUUGAUGCGAAAGUUGAUUUGUAGCUCGGAGUUUAGACUAGGCCAGAACGGAAUUGACGAUUUCAAGAAGCAUCCGUGGUUUGACGGAGUCGAUUGGGAUACACUCAGAGAUAGCACUGCACCAUACAUUCCUGAAGUUUCAUCACCUAGCGAUACGUCAAACUUCGACGUUGACGAUACCGAUGUUCGUACUUCUGAUGCCGUACCGCCAGCAGCAAAUUCUGCCUUUUCUGCGUUGCAUCUGCCAUUUAUUGGUUUUAGUUUUACUCAGGGGAGUUGCAUCUCGGACCUGGGUUGCAUUUCCGCCGUGUCUCAGACAGACAAACGAGUAAAAUUACUCGAGGAAGAAAACGCACGAUUGUUGCGAACUAUCGACGACAUGAAGAAUCGUUCGGACAUAGGUCAUUCUUCGCCUGGUAUCUCACCCGAGUCUAACAAUGCGACCAGAAAACUUCAGGACGAAAUUAAUACUCUUACAAAACGCAACUGCGAACUGGAAUCGCAAUUGAAAUCGAUGGACGUUCCACGCGAAUUGCGAUCUUUGGAUAACGGCGACAUGACAAAGUUUCGGGAAUUGGAAAAGUUAGUUCGUUGCCUGCGUUUGGAAAAGGAAGAGGCAAUUAAGGACAAGCUGGACGCGCAAGAGAAAUUGAAGCUUCAGGACAAGGAGUUGAAAGACGCUCUGACACAACGUAAACUCGCGAUGGCGGAAUAUACAGAAGUGUCGGAUAAACUAUCAGAAUUGAGGCAACAAAAACAAAAAUUGUCAAGACAAGUUCGAGAUAAGGAAGAGGAAUUGGAAGUCGCGAUGCAGAAGGUCGAUACUUUGCGUCACGAUAUUCGCAAGGCCGAGAAACUGCGUCGGGAGUUGGAAAAUAGAAUCGACGAGGCAAUGGCAGAAACCAGCAAGGAGAGAAAAUUGCGUGAACGCAGCGAAGAGUAUUGCAAGCAGAUGCAAGAGGAGACGGAGAAGAUCAGGCAACGAUCUAUCGGAAACGACACCAGCGCAAAUCACGCGUUAGCGACACAGGAGAUAAACAGGUUAAAAGCGGAGGUUGAAAAACUCGAAGUUCAAUACAACGAAAAUCUUACUCAGCAACAGAGCAGAUUCAAUCUCGAGCUUCGAAGUCUGCAAGAACAAUUGCACGAGGCCGAUGGCAGGAAGGAGUUGUUGGAGAGAGAAGUGCAACUCACGAAAGAGAAAUUGGAUGCCGCGAGACUGGAAAAUCUCACCGAUAGCGAGGAAACUAUAAGUGAAUUAAACAGACGUCACGAAAGAGAAAAAAUCAUGUUGGUCGAGGAAAAUAAGAAGCUUGUGUUGGAGCUCGGCGUUCUUAGCGACAGCGUUAACAGAUUGCAAGGUGAGAGAAGACAACUGGAAGACGAGUACGAAGAAUUAAGGAACAAAAAGGAAGCUAUCGCCCAGUGGGAAGCUCAGAUUACUGAAAUUAUUCAAUGGGUGUCGGACGAAAAAGACGCUCGCGGAUACUUGCAGGCUCUGGCUACGAAAAUGACAGAGGAAUUAGAAUUCUUGAAACACUCCGGUGGAGUGAGCACUGUCGGAAGCGGCACCACUAUGGCGGAUAAAAACUGGCGAAAUCGUCGAUCUCAGAAACUUGAUAAAAUGGAGCUUCUGAACCUGCAAAGUUCCUUGCAAAGUGAGAUACAGGCGAAGCAAGCGAUUUCAGAAGAACUCACGAAGACUCGUUCGGAUUUGAUAGCCGCACAAAAGGAAUUGAGAGAUUUCAAGCAACGAUUGGACGCCAUGUCUCACGAAUUGAAGCGAAAAGAUUUGCAAGUAAAAGAAUUGCAAGCGCGUCUUGAUACUGGCGAUGGCUUUUUAGAACGUCCCACAUCGCAGAUGUCAUAUCUUGAACACUUUCUUAAAGAAACCACAAGCAAUACGCGUCAUGGAAGUGUCGACAGUGUAGAAGGUGACAUCGAGGACAAUCGUGCACCUAGCAUUACGAGCAGCAAAAGUAAUUUGUCUGAACUAAGUAUCGAUCCAACGUCGCCGUUAUCUCACGAACUUCUGAACAAGUCUUCAUCUACUCACGGUCAAACCAAUUUACAACCAAAGCCUAAGUCACAUCAAUUUCUCGUACGGACAUUCUCAGCGCCUACAAAGUGUAAUCAUUGUACAUCUUUAAUGGUAGGAUUAACGAGGCAGGGAGUUGUGUGCGAAGUGUGCGGUUUCGCGUGUCAUAUGCCUUGUUGCGACAAAGUACCUCCAAUGUGUCCUGUGCCUCAUGAUCAAACUAAACGACCCUUAGGAAUCGAUCCUACACGUGGGAUAGGUACCGCGUACGAAGGAUACGUCAAAGUACCAAAAAUGGGUGGUGUCAAAAAGGGUUGGGUGCGUCAAUUCGUCGUAGUUUGCGACUUCAAAUUAUUUCUCUACGACAUCUCGCCAGAUCGCAAUGCUUUGCCGUCUGUAUACGUUUCGCAAGUUUUGGACAUGCGAGACGAGGAAUUCGCUGUUAGCUCUGUUCGUGAUUCUGACGUAAUACAUGCUACAAAAAAAGACAUUCCAUGUAUAUUUAGGAUAACAACGUCGCUAUUGGAGCCUCCUGGAUUGAGAAAUCACACGUUAAUGUUGGCAGAUACGGAGAGUGAGAAAACAAAAUGGGUGGUGGCUCUUAGCGAGCUUCAUAGGAUUUUAAAAAGAAACAAUCUUCCAAAUACAACGAUUUUUAGAGCGAAAGAAUUAUUGGAUAAUACUCUGGGAUUCAUAAAGAACGUCAUGUCAGGAACGAUUAUCGAUCCAGAUCGUCUAGUCAUUGGCACAGAAGAGGGUCUCUUUUGCUUAGAUUUAGAUCGUAGCGAAAUUGCAAGAGUUGGAGAAGGAAAAAAGAUAUAUAUUCUUGAAUAUGUUACUGAAGAGCAAUUGAUCGUGGUAUUGAGUGGAAAGCAACGUCAUGUACGGUUGGUUCCAGUACGUGCCUUGGAUGGAGAUGAAGUCGAGUGGAUUAAAGUCGCAGAAACUAAAGGAUGCAUUACAUUAACGACAGGAAUAGUGCGCCGUAAUUCCCUUAAUUAUUGUCUAUGUGUUGCAAUAAAGAAACAAAAUGCGUCGCAAAUCAUUAUCUACGAAAUAACACGUACGAAAACACGACAUAAACGUAUACGUGAAUUAAUGUUACCGUGUCACGCACAAACUCUGCAAAUUCUUUCCGAAGGUCGCUUGUGUGUUGGUUAUCCGUCUGGUUUCUCUAUUUAUAGCAUCGUAGGAGAUCAUCAUCCUGUUUCUUUGGUCCAUGCCGAGAACACGCUCCUAGGUUUUCUCACUUAUAGCGCCGUAGAUGCGUUACGUUGUAUCGAGUUGCCACGAGGCGAGUUCUUAUUAGUCUUCCAUACAUUAGCGAUAUACGUCGAUAGUCAAGGAAGAAAGAGUCGAGACCGAGAAAUUAUGUAUCCAGCAGUUCCUACAGCAGUUAGUUAUUGCGAAGGAUAUCUAUUGGUAUAUAGCGAGACUCAUAUUGACGUUUUUGACUGUACAUCUGGAGAUUGGUUACAAACACUUAAUGUGAAACGAGCCCGGCCGUUGAAUAUUUCAGGUUCCCUCACGUCUUGUAUAAUAAACGAUAUGCCAUACGUUAUUUAUCUCAGUAAUUUACAUCAACGAGAACUACUAAAUUUGACAUCUUCGGACGCGAGCGGUAGGCAAAUAGCAAGGCCAAGACGAAGAUUUUCUCUAAGAGAAGGCAACAGAGCCGCGCGUCCUACGGACAGACGAUCGAAAAUGAUUUCCGCGCCCACAAAUUUCAACCAUAUUAGCCAUAUGGGUCCGGGCAAUGGAAUACAAAUACAACGUUUGUUGGAUUUACCCACGACAUUAGAAACUGCUGAUCAACAACAUACGAGUCAUCACAGUAGUAGUUCUCAUCUUAGUCAACAAAAGCUGUACGAUUCCACGCUUCAAACUCCAAAUAAGCCAGCACCGUUACCUCCUAGGCAUCCUCCUUCCGAUACACGUCGUUUGAGCUCGCAUAUGUCAAGAAAUUCUGGAUAUUCGCCGCACAAUGGUUCAACGACAUCACGAAGAGGUCCUGCACCACCACGACCGACUGCUACACCGCCUUCCUUACCGCGUACUCCGGUGGAUCAAAUGGAUUCUGAAUCGGUCCAUUUGCGUUCACAUACUCCACUCUCUCUCGGCAGUAUCGCAUCUUUGCAUAACAAGGAACAUCCAUCUGGUGGCAGUCCGCGACACUCCAUAGCUUCGAACAACAGCUCAAAUCCAUCGACACCACCGAGCCCAGCCCAUGAUCAUGGAUCAUCAUCGUACGAUUCGUAAAUUUAACAUUUAUGGGAAACUUAGAUAAAACGGUACGUACCCAGUGCAUAUAGUUGAGAAACGUUGAUCAAUUAUAAAAUAUCCGUACAUAUUUAUAUGCGCACGUACGCGUUCCUAUAAUAUAUGUAUAUAUGUUAAGCUCUCUCUCACACGUAUUUUUACACAUUUUUACGACGAUGUAUUCGUUCUUUAUCUGCUUUCCUCGUUGUUAGGAACGCGUACUGACGAUCAUGACAUUGAACUGUAUUACUACCACUUGGACGUAUUGUCGAUCUGUGAAACUCGGUUAUUCGAUAACUCGAAAAUGUCUUUUUUUGUUUUUUUUUUAAUUCUUUUUUUAGGUUCGCGAGAGACUAACAUAUAGUCAUGUAUUUGUGAUGUACUUUGCGGAAACACGGUAAUCGUGUGUUUUUGAUCUUAGAAUUGAAACGUUAUCUUUCGCGAUAUUAUUAUCUUAACCGCGUCGUGCAAUAUAAUUACGCAUACUUAAUACUACACAUAUAUAAGUAUAUAAAGAAAAAAUAUAAUUAUCAUAAUCAUGUGCUUGAGUAAUACACUGGUGUGUGCGAUUGUUUAUAUAUAUAUAUAUAUAUGUAUGCAUAUAUGUGUGUAUAUAUAUAUAAACAUAUAUAAAAUGCAAAAAGUUUUCUUUUUUGUCAAAGUUUUGACCAGUGCAUUAUCAUUACAAGAUUUUCUGACGUUCAAAUAUCAUUUUAUAUAACACAUUUAAAGUUAAAAGAAAAAUUUAAUUAGUAAAAUCUUAAAUUAUUGUGUUGUAAAUAUUUUUCUUUUUACACAUUUAACAAAUGUAUUACGUCCUUUACGCGAUGCCAUAUUUAUUCUCUUUUUCGAGUUAGUGUUGUCAGUCUUUUUUUGUUUUUAUUUCAAUAAAUGAUAUGAUUUUUGCAUAAAAAAAAAAUUGGAAUCUCAGUCAAAUAUUAACUAGCAAUAACAAAUUUUAACUAUUUGAUGUACUGUAUGUAAUCUCGACUUUUAAGUAAAAGUAGCUGUGAAAAAACUAUGAAUAUACUUAAGAGGGUCCUGGAGCGUACUAUAUAUAUCGUGACUACUGUUAUAUACCCAAGUGACAUCAUAGAACGUCAUUAGAGAAACAAGGACGUACAUAUGUAAAAAGAGGUUUAUAUUAAAAUUAAACGUAUUCUAGAUUGUUUGUGUAUUGUAGGAGGGAACUUCCAAAUUAUAGUCUAAUAGAGUCUUAUUACAUUCUUCAAUGUUAUGUCUAUCUCGGAUACACUUUUUGGUUUUUUUUAUGAAUAACUCUUGAACUUCAAAUAUCGGUACACCAAAAGUAGAGGUGAUUGUUAACUUCAACAAUUUUUGUUAAGUUUUCGAUAUAUUGAAAAAUAUUCGAGAUUAAUUUCAUUAUUUUCUCUUAUUCUGCAGAGCCGUUUUUCUAUCCGAGCAAUAAAUGCAAUCUAAAAUACGAAUUUCUCGUUUGAUCGGUAUAAUAGGAAGGUCCAGGACCCUCUGAAUAGUACACUUGGGGAUCGUUCGGAGUCGUACGCGGGAACUCCCUUAUUGGAAAAGGGAGAAUUACGGUUUCUGUACUUACUUCAUUUUUUAAAACAAUAUAAGUGUAAUUGAUUAAAAAAAUAUUUCGAAAUAAAACACAAAAUAUAUCUCUUUUGGUUUCCUCAGAAGUCACUUUUUAGCAGCCGUCAAACUGGCUGCAAGCGCAAUUACUCACUGAGCACUCGGUAAACAUUCUAGAUCCGUUUGUUGGAUGCGAAAACGUUUCCUAAACUGUGAGCGAUCGCCAAUUUUGCAAGCGUAGUUUUGUAUCACACUCCUGUCCUUUCUUUCUCCGAUAGAGGAAUCUCUCUGUACGACUCUGGCUAAUUCUUAACCGUUGUAUCCGGAAUAGUCGCAUUAUUUGUUUUAAUGAUUUGUUUACUUAAUUCCAGUUAGUAGAAUACUUACAAUACAUACAAAAUUAGACAAUGGUUUUCUGUUAUGUAGCACGUACUCUGUACAUUGCGUAUUAAAAGCUUUUUCUGCCUCCUCGACGGACCGCCCCGAACGCCGUCUUCCCUUGUAAACAAAUAACGAUAAUAAUAAUAUCAGCGCGCUUGUCGUCCCUGGUAAAAUGACUUUGUUGUUUUGGAAUAGAUAACAAUUACGGUCGACUAUUUCCGGCUCAACAACGAUUUUAACAAAUUAGAUGGAGCGCGAAUCAAUUCGAUGCCUUAUGACUAAGUGUUUUCUAUCGCGUCAUAAAGCACUGAUGUAUGUACAUGGAUAUUAUCCAUCGUGUGAAUAGAAUGAUCGUGUAAUAGUAAUUAAUAUGUUGCGAGCUCCUGCUGAUAAUAAAUAGUCAUUAAGAAAAACAAACUCACACACAUUGCACUCGGACUUUUGUAUUGUGCGCGACCUAAAGUCGCCCGUCGAUUUACGACGCGUUAGAGACACAUCAUGCGCGUGUGUGACCGAAUGUGUGACCCCAACUGAAAACAGAAUGAAAAAGCACUGUUUCGUUUUUUGGUUUGUUUUUUUUCCGAUGACAAUCGUGUUUAGUUUACAAUCGGAGACGUGAUUAGAAAUUUAUACAUACGUAUACUGACAGAACUUUAGUGCGGAUUAUUUAUAUUUUGUUGUUGUUGUUGUUGAUAGCACCGAUGUAAAGAAAAAGAACAUGUAUCACAUCUUGCUCCUGACAGGUUUUUUUUCUUUUUUAAACAUAUAUAAGACUAUAUAUAAGAGAGUACACGCUUGAUAAUAUACGUACGUGUUUAAGUUCGAUGAUGUCAAAAUUUAAAAAGACGAUAUAAAAGGAGAAACCAUAUUGUAUAUAUAUAUAUACAUAUAUAUACGUAUACAUAUUCAAACGUCUUCACCGAAUUGUUGUUCUUUUUUUAAAGUAAUACGUAUGAAUUAGAUUUGACACGUGACGCGUAUGAGUACAACUACUUUUUGUUAUUUUUAUAUGAUGAUCGGAUAAAGUGGCAGUAUGCGAGAUGAAAGACCAAAUGAGAUUAGAAUCUAUUUUAAACGGCGAAAUAUAUUUCGUAUAAACAGAGUGUCUUAAUUUAUUAGAAAAAUUUUUAACGGUCACGGGUGCCUUUCACGGAUGAAUUUCUCAUAUACGUGAUGCAAGUUUAGCAUCCUGAAUAUGAAUUUAGAAAUUUAAAUUUCAUUUCAAGUUCACGUGUAAAAAUUUACACGUGAAGUAUGAAAUAUAUAAUAUGUAUGUAUGUAUGUGUAUAUAUAUUUAUUACGUAACAAACAUCCAGCGCAAGGCUCCCGUGACUUAUGUUUAAAAUUUCGCGUAGAGUUUGUAACUAAAAAAGAGCCUAAAAAACUCAUUAUUAUUAAUGUCUUAAUUUAAUCGUUAUUUCAAGUUUCUUCAAAUUAUAAGAUACUGCUGUUUUUUCUCGAUAAGUCUAGCUACGUGACCAGAUUAUCGGCUUGUUCUUUUUUUACUGAUCUUAUUUUAUCAGCUCAGAGUUUAUUUUUUUUUUUGUCGUUUUAAAUAGAAGGAAACGAGAUACACUUUGAACCAAUGCAACCGGUUCGGGGAAAAAGAACAAACCGUAUAUUUCUAUAUGAAACAAAAUAAUGUCUAACUAAAAAACAAGUUAAGUAACACGUAAAAUCGACGAUUUUUCUUAUGAUGCCACUUGUCACGUGUAUCUAAAUAUAAAUAACACUCGUAGAUUAUUUAUUUUUCGAGGUGUAUUCUCCAGUUAAUACUGUUUUACAUAUAUAACGAGAAUGUUUUAAAAUUAAUUACUAACUUCAUCUUCAGCAUACAAUUGUAAUAACCAAUGCAUUUGCAGCAUGCGAUGCAUUUGAUUUCGUUUCUAUCUGGUUUUUUACAUUAAUAUUUUUUACUUUUUUAUACACCGAUUGAUUUAUUUCACUUUGUUUUUGAAUUUUUUUUUUUUUUGCGCGCGUAUGUGUGUUUGUAUGCGUGUGACGUGUACUUUCGUAGUUAAUCAGUAACUUAUAUGCGAUUAUACUGUGCCGCGUGUAAUUCUUUUUACAAUUUAUAUUUAUUCUUAGGUAUAUAAGAAUUCAAGAAAUUUAAAUUAUUGAAAUCUACGUUAUUCGAUGUGCUCUCUGAAUAAAGUUUUAACGCGAUUCUUUCCACGUAUUUCGACGAUAUGUAAGACGAUAUGUGCAAUCAUGUACGUACGCGAGUAGACCCGAAAACAGCCUACAGAAAUCUCGUGAGUCUUUUACAUAUGAUAGAAGAAAACUGCUUCGAAACUUUGAUAUGCCAGUAACGUUGAAGUUUAGUACAAUAAUAUUCAACGAUCAAAAAAAUUCGAACAAACUGCUGAUCAUUGUUUGAUCUUGUAUUCAUUUGUUAUACGCAUUAUUUUCGAAUUUUGGAUCUUAUGAGAAAUUUGCAAAAGUUUUUUUUUUUUAUUCAAAGUGGAAAAGUUGGGAACGCGAUGAGUGAAACGCGUCGAAUGUGAAAUCAUUGCUCAGCACUCAAAAUAAAAAAAAAAACGUUUGAUCGUAUUUCAAACCCCUCUCUAAUACUUGUUUUGCCGCAAGUAUAUAUAUUAUAAAUAAUAACUAAAUAUCAUUAAAGGCUGUAUAUGAACUGAUUAGCCUAAUUCCGAAUGGACAACAGAGAUGUCAAUAUCUAGAAAACGUUAACAAUAUCGUCAUAAAAAAAUUAUAUACCAUAUAUAUAUAUAUACAUAUAUAUAUAUAUAAAAUAUGUACUGUUAUCCGUGCUAAAGUAAAAAUGGACGAAAAAGUGAGCUACAAUCACAAUUGCGAAACGAAAAAAAAGAUCUAUGAUAUGAAACGAACGUGUGUGUCGCUGUACUUACAGUUAGAUAAUUAAAUAAUCCGCCUAAAAUAUCUUUCUUCCGUUAAUAGUAUAUUGUUACUUAAGAAUUGAAAAAAAACAAAAAAACAAAAAAAAGAGAUAUAUCGACUGUUCAUCAAGCUCUUUGCCAUUAACGUCAUUUUGUCAAGUUUGGCGAUCGAUCGAUGUAUUCCACACGCGAAGGAAUAAUCAUUCCUGUAUAUAGCAUUGCUUUUUCACGUCUUUGUAAAUAACUCAAUUUUUCUACUUAUAUCACAUUUUUAUUUAAGCUUUAUAUAUAUAUCCGGUGAUCAUCUCCCGUGAAUUUUAAUUUCCUUCAAGCCUCUUCUUUAUUUAUAUCUGAAAUAUAUAUAAUCAUCACACGGGGCUACUAUAUAAACACACACCACCAUUAUCCGAUCGUUUUAUAUGUAAAAAAAAAAAAAAGAAAAAAGAAAAAUUGAUGAUACGUAUCAUUUAUA